GGAGGUCUCGGAAGGACGCGAGGAGGCCGCCGCGGGCGCAGCGGGCACGUCGGCCGGGCCGCCCCCGCGAGCCGGGCGCCGCCAUUCCGCUGCUCGGGGCGCCGCCGCCGCCGCCACCGCGCCCGGGGGCCAUGCUCCCGCCGCCGCCGCGCCAGCCGCCGCCCCAGGCGCGCGCGGUCCGCGGGGCGGUGCGCCUGCAGCGGGCCUUCCUGCGCGGCCCGCUGGGCGUGCUGCGGCUGCUCCAGCUGCUGGCCGGCGCCGCCUUCUGGAUCACCAUCGCCACGAGCCGCUACCAGGGCCCCGUGCACUUCGCGCUCUUCGUGUCGGUGCUCUUCUGGCUGCUGACCCUGGGCCUCUACUUCCUCACGCUGCUGGGCAAGCACGAGCUGGUGCCCGUGCUGGGCUCGCGCUGGCUCGUGGUCAACGUGGCGCACGACCUGCUGGCGGCCGCGCUCUACGGCGCCGCGACGGGCAUCAUGAUCUCCCAGACGCAGAGCCACAGCUACUGCAACCUCAAGGAUUACCAGAUGGCCUGCGCCUACCACGCCUUCCUGGCGGCCGCCGUCUGCGGCGGCCUCUGCCUCGGCCUCUACCUGCUCUCGGCGCUCUACGGCUGCUGCCGCCGCUACCAGGGGGAGCAGGAGGUGGCGUGAGCCGCCGCGCCGCGGGGCGGGGGCCCUCCCGACACCGGCGCCCCCAUCCUUCCUGCAGCCGCCGCCCCGCGCCCGUGCGCCUCGGCACCCACCCGUUGCCCCGCGCUCCCGCCGCCGCCCGCGCCCCGGUGCCCUGGCCGUCAGUUCCCGCCCGACGGCAGCGCAGCAGCCGGGAGUCCGGCCCGCGGCGCCGCCCACGCCGUUCGUUUCCAGGGACCCGGGCAAGGCCAAGUCCGAGGAGCUGGCCGCCCGAAGCGAAACCUCGCGGUUCCUCGUCCCCUUCCCUGUCGAGAGCGAGACGUGUACAGGCGCCGCGUAGAUCCGGAGGAGGCUCCCAAUUGGAACAGGCCUUCUGGCUGCGCCACUGCCCCCUCCCUCCCGCCCCGCUGUCCCCGUUCUCCGGCCCCUCUUCCAGCCUCGAGUGCUGUGAAGGGCAGGCUUGCACGGCGGGCGGAGCUGGGGACAGGCCUCCACAGGUCCUGGGAUGAGCGGAGAGUUUUCGUUUUAGCUUGGGAUUGUGUGAGCAUCCUGCUGGGUCUGUGCUGUGACGUUGGGGUGGGGCCUGUCGGCAGGGGUGAGGAUGGAUUGGAAAGGCCCGCGGGCUGCACCUUUGCGCCUCGGAGUCUUCUGUCGCCUCAGCCUGCUCAGCCUUUGUCCUCGAGGUUCUUGGAGGCCAGGCCCAAAUGCACACGACUUUCCCAGACCUCACCUUACCAGCCUUACUCUCACGGGCUUCUGCCCCGCCGCCGCCACCUCCCAAUUUCUUUUUGCAUUAGAGAUCUCACAGGACCAGAAGGAAUCUCAGGGUGAGCCUCACCCCUUCUUUUGGGAAAGCCAGAAUAAGAUUGCAACCCCGUUUCCGAAUUCCCAUUAAAACACUGUUUCCAGACUCCCAGUCCAGCACUGUUUACAUUAAAGCAGUGAGUGUUCCCAGGAACCCUGGCUCGGCAGCUAGCCUCUAAAAGGGGGUUUCAAUGCCAAAUGGGUUUGUCGAAAGUGUUACCUCCCCUUGGAGAUUCACGAUGCUCAGUAGCAUAUCAAAGGCUCUGAGAAGUCCGGCUGUAAAAGAAGCCCAAGUAAUUUAGUUUACGGUGUUAACUGCCUCUGGACCUGGACCAAUUAGUUUUUGCCACCUAAGGCUUCCAAGCAUCCCUGUGCUGGCCUGGCUGUCAUUUCAUUCCUAUGGGAUACAACCCAUUGGCUACGGUAUCAUUGAAGAUCUGGGGUGCUCUAGCAGAGGGAGGGCCUGACCCAGUGAGGGAGAAGAUGGCUGUCCCUGCGAGGCCCGUGAGAGACCUGUGAACUGGCAGAUCUGAACAUUCCUCUACAUUGUUUGCAAAAGGAAGCCAAAGUUAUCCAGGUGGUUUCCGAGUGGAACGGAACAUUACCUGUAAGAGAUGCUGGCAUUGACUGUGAGCAACUGGCAGGAGGGGGGACACACUCACCAAAGAGAAGAAAACUGCCAAGCUGGGGUGAACAGCUGGCCCAGCCUCCGUCAGGUUUCCACGUUGCUGAGGCCGCAGAGGUCCCCACAGCCGGUCAUGCGGUCACGCGGACCUCUCCCAGGGCAGGGGACACCAUUCUGGCCUGGGCCAGCAGAGGGCUGCAGAGUGGGGAGAGCUGACGCCCACCUCUGCCCAGCAGCUACCCUUCCACACUAUCCACUGGGAGAUGGGAGAGGAGUGAAGAUUCGUUUUACCUUAACACAAGAGAAAUCCUGAUUGUCCUUGUGCCGACUUGGGCACGAGAUCCCAGAUGUCUGGCACUGAGCCGUGCCCCUCUGUGCCCUCAACAAUGGGUUUUAGCUCCAGCUUUUUCCUUUUUCUUUUUUUUCAGAUCACCAUUUAGGCUGUGUAUUCAGCUCAGAACCAGCCCCCUGAGGAUCUCCUCUUAGCCCCCCAGCUCAUGGUGCUGUGUCUGUGGCCAGGUGACCUUACUCAGGAGUAGACAUCUCCUUGGCCUUCAUGCUACCUUAGCCAUCCAGAUGUGCCUGAAACGUUCCAGAGCCCACUGGCUCUUCUAGUGUGCCUUCCUGCUUGGCCUCCAGCUGCCUCUGCAGAUGUGAGAAGGACUUGUAAAACGGCCCCACACCCAUCCCCUCCUCCCCCUCGAGACCCUGUACCAUAGGAAGGGCUACCUGACCUGGCCCAGAAGUUUUGAAUACUGGGGGCAGUCUCAUUGGCCUCCCUCAUGAGACUCUAGGACUCAGUUCAGCCUGAGACCACCGUGGGCUCCUACCAGUCCCAAAGUCUAGGACCACUUGUGGACCCAGGAAAGGAAUUUGCUAGUGUUCUACAAAGGCCAAUAGAGAGGGUGGGAGUGUGUGGGUGAGGGCCGUUAGUGAGAGGGGACCAGUGUGCCUCAUUUAAUAGUUUAGUUGUGAUGACUAAUUUGCUUUUCUGAAUAAAACUUGGUUUAUCUGA